CUUUGCCAUUAUGUACCUAUAUCGCUUCCAAGGCGGGAGCGGACGCGCAAAUUGUUUGGGGAAUAAAUUUUAUGUUUAUUCGUCAGAGACACCGUAAACUAUUUGUUACAGUGACACAUCUUAUACUGUGAAGUGAUUCUGUGCUCGUAGGAUAAAACCUAGAAAUCGAGGAUUACCGUCAAAUUGCAAGAGAUAGAAAGCGGCAGUAGCGGCAGUUCCUAUCGUCCAAAACAAAAUGUUACGUUUUGGACUGCUAUUAUUGCUUGUCACAGUCAGUAAACAACUGUCAAUAUCAGAGUUUAGCGUACAAAGUCCAGUCAAAGAGGGUGAUGAUGUUCUUCUGCAAUGUCGGUAUAAAUUAGAUCAAGGUGAAUCUGAUAAGGCGCUAUUUGUCAAAUGGUGGUUUACCCCCAUGAAUGGCAGCAGUGAUAAUAGGAGCCAAAUCUACCAAAGAAUAGUUGGCCAUGAACCUUUUUCAAUGCAUCACGAUAUAAAAAUAGUGGAAAAUGACGACAUUUUAUUGCUGAACGUUUCGGUGAAGGACUCUGGAACAUACGAAUGUGAAGUUUCGAAUAUAGAUGAAGUUCGUGUAUAUAGGGAUUUAAUAGUCUACACAACUGGCAGUGGUGUCGAACUGGACCUUUCAAGAACAGAGGACGGACCUGACGAAGACGAAGACGAGGAUGUAGUGAUCACUUGUUACGCGACGGAUGUGUCGCCGUAUCCUGAUCUCACUGUUACUGUUAAUGGAGUCAUUGUAAAUUCGUCAAAAGCUGUAAUAACGAAUGAAGAAGAAUUGUUCGACGUGUACAGCAACAGCACGAUUAGCGACGACGAUGCCGCUGGCGCCGAAAUCAAAUGCGAACUCUCGUUUCAAGACGUGCAAAUUACAGAUGAAUCACUGAUCGUCACCCAAACCUACAGUAGCACUGCUGAGCCUCUGACGGAGAAUUCCACAGAAAUGGUUACUACUACGGAGGCCACUGAAACCGAUAUGUUAAACUCUGGGAAUGGCGUCACACCAUACUGGAUAGUACUUCUGCUUGCGUUAAUUUUUAUGUAUUAAAAAUGUUUGUAAUAAUGAAUGAAUUAAACGUUGAAUUUUAA